AUGGCCCUGGUUCUUUCCCUGGAUCUGGCAACUGUCUUGAGCAUCGCUGCUCUUUAUCUGUGUAGCACCCUUCUUCUGCGACGAUUUUGGUCCCCGCUCAGCGAUAUACCGGGCCCGUUUCUUGCCUCCUUCACUCGACUGUGGCAUAUCAUUCGCAUAUUUGCUGGCGACAUCAAUACGCGGAGCAUUGAGGAACACGAAAGGCAUGGACCUUUCGUUCGCAUCGCGCAUGAUGAAGUUAGCGUUUGCCAUCCCGAUGCCAUACGCAGCGUGCUCUUGGAUCCAAUUCCCAAGGCACCAUGGUACAAAGUCCUGGCUCUCCCUGACAGCAGAUUUCAAACUCCAAUGUCAACAACGGAUCCUAAACGGCGUGUUGAAUUAGCGAAGAAUGUCGCUUCGGCGUAUACUCUAUCGAACGUCAUGAAGUCGGAAACGUAUAUCAAUGCCAUGGUUGAAUUGAUGCUAGACAGAUUCGACCAGUUUUCUGAAACUCAAGAGCUGGUAGAGUUUGAUAAAUGGUUCAACUAUCUCGCCUUCGAUAUUGGCGGCGAAGUUGUUUUCUCCCAGCGAUUCGGCUUUCUCGAGAGCGGCACAGACAUCGGCGGCGCGAUCGCCAAUAACCGCAGCCUGAACGCUUAUAUCGUGGCUGCAGGCUACUUCCAAUGGCUGCACAAUCUCACCCUGGGCAACCCGUUGCUCUCCAAACUGAACCUUCUACCAAACAACCACGUCUUCGAUACCGCCAUGGCAGCCCUUCGCCGACGGGAAGCAAAUCCAGAUGCACGCAACGACAUGGUAGAGCACUGGAAGCGGACAAUGAGAGAGCAUCCGGACCGAAUGACAAUUAUUGACUUCCAAGCUGCAGCCACCGGCACAAUCGGCGCUGCAGCAGAUACCGUCAGUGCCGCUCUACAGUCGUUUGUGUAUCACAUGCUGCGGAAGCCGCAGCAUCUAGACAAGCUACGCGCUGAGAUUGCCGACGAACGAGCGCAAGGCCGAUGUAAUGAUCCGAUUGUGUCCUUCGCCCAUGCUAAGAACAUGGAGUAUCUUCAAGCCUGUAUCAAAGAAUCGCUGCGCAUCUUCGCCCCAGUCCCAUUUGGCCUUGCUCGAGUCGCGCCAAAAGGCGGAUUGAAGAUUGGCGACCGUUUCUUUCCUGAAGGUACAAAGCUGAGCGUCAACCCCUGGGUUAUCCAUCACUGCAAGGAGCUCUUCGGACCAGAUGCGAAAGAGUACAACCCUGAUCGAUGGCUCGGGGACAAGGCAAAAGCCAUUGACAAAUACUUCAUGCCGUUCGGACAAGGCUACAACUCGUGCCCAGGGCGCCAUCUCGCGACCAUUGAGCUCUCGAAGACCAUCGCGACACUUGUCCGAGACUAUGAUUUCCGCCAACAAGAUCCAAGCCAGACCUGGAAAUACGUGGCGUACUUCACUGCGGUGCCAUACGGCUGGCCUUGUUAUAUCUCAAAAAGGACCGACGGUCUUCGCGUGGCACAGUAG